AUUUUCUUAUUGUGAAAACUGCUGACUGGCAUUUAUAGAGCUGACUAUAUCUUUUGCGUUUUUAUGGGUUUUUUCACACGUUUACGGUUUCUUAACAUACUUCCCGCAUAUCGCAAAUUUUUGUCAAAUUAAAAUUGCCAUUUAAAUUGAAGCACGGGAUAAACACGAUGAGGAAAAGAAUAUUUUCAUUACUGAUGUUUUAUGUAGACUGGUGAUUGAUCGCAUCGCUAGCAACAUCUGCAUUGGAUUACUUUUGUACUGCAUCGUCGCAGUCAAUGGAUUUCAGUCAGAUUUUCCGGAAGUCAGGGGUGCGUCGCUCAUUCCGUGUGCACCUAAAUCUCUUCCGGCCGCCGGGAAGAUAGGCAAAUGUGUCGAUCUAGAGAAUAUGGAUGAGCAGUGCUCUAAAGGGGAGCUCAGCGCAUCAAUGGACUGCUCGAACGACGCGUGGUGUUGUUACGAUCCCAAGACAGUGUUGAAAUCCCUCACCAAACCGAAGCAGUCGAUCGUCCAGUCAAACACGUCCUGUGUGCCGACCGCCGCCGACGAUAUCGGACCGUAUUACGUCAACGGUGCGCCGGUGUAUACGCCAACCGCGAAUCAGACGGUCUGGCUGUGUCCUAAUGGCUUCCGCGAUGACCGCGUGCUGCUUAGCGGCUAUAUUCGCUUCCGGUCCGACAAUGUAUCGUGUGGUGUCGGCAAACGAGCGCUGGUCGAUAUGUGGAUGGCCAAUCAGACCGGAUGGUACAGUAUCGUGCCCCCUGCCCUCCAGAACCCAACUCCAUCAUUCUUUCAAAAUGCCGACCCAUUUACACUGGCUACCAAUGCGACAUCCGUCAGUGAUCCAGACUGGUUUUGCCGACUUAAAAUCAUCACCGGUGAUGAUGGCUAUUAUUCCAUAUCCACGGUCAUUCCGGGGCGUUACGAGAUUCUAGCUGGCUGGCGACCGGCACACAUGCACUUCCGUAUCUUCCAACUGGAUCAGUAUAAUAAGCCCAUUGGAAAGGAUUUCAUUACACAGUUGUAUUUCAACUACGAUAUGUUUCGCCCGACGGAUACAUGCCCAGUGUGUAAAGCUAUGGAUCCUACCAUAACCAUCACAUACAGCAACACCAACGAUUUCAAAACUUUCGAAGGAAAAAUGGAUUUCUUGAUUAAUGUAUAAAUUGUAAAUCAUAUGAAUUUUCUGUAUAGCAGCUUCUUGUGGGACGUUCUUGUUCCGAACGAUUUAAUAUCUCCCAAAGGACCAUGGUUCAUAUAAAUUUUAUAUAUAAUAGUGUAUAAUAAAUAAUAGAUAUGUGGUUAAAAAACGCAUUUACCGGUCCGCGUAUGUGUGUAUUUAUAAAUUGUGCACUUAUCUUUCGAACCUCUG